AUGUCCCGAGUAGUUGUCACUGGGCUUGGAAUGAUCACGCCACUAGGUGUUGGCGUUACUCCUACCUGGGCCAACCUUCUUGCCGGAAAAAGCGGGUUGGUUUCCACUAAAACACUUCCAGACUACCAGUCUGGCGGCUGGAAAGACAUCCCCUGCAAAGUGAUAGGAAAAGUACCUCAAUGGAACAGCGAAGAUCAUCUAGAUAAGGCAGAGUCCAGGCGCUUGGCUCUCUUUGCUCAGUACGCCAUGGCGGCUACUCAGGAAGCGCUCACAGACGCCAAAGUUGACAUGCAACAAACUGACAAAACCCGUUUUGGCGUGGCAGUUGGUAGUGGAAUCGGCUCCUUCCACGACAUCCAUGACAAUGCCACCAGCUUCACUACUGGCGGCUACAAGAAGGUCCAGCCAUUGUUCAUUCCCAAGUUGUUGACCAACAUGGCGGCAGGAAACAUCUCCAUCAAGCACGGACUCCAGGGACCCCUCCACACGGUGUCUACCGCGUGUGCCACGGGUCUACACGCAGUGGGAGACGCCUACAACUUCAUUCAGAAUGGCUAUGCCGACAUCAUGGUGUGUGGUGGUACAGAGAGCUCGAUCCAUCCGUUGGCUUUGGCAGGGUUUGCACGAGCACGAUCUGUGGUGACAGACUUCAACGACGACCCUGAGGGUGCCAGUAGACCCUUCGAUGCCCGUCGUAACGGAUUCGUCCUCAGCGAAGGGUGCGGAAUCAUGAUUCUCGAGAGCUUGGACCACGCAAAGGCUCGUGGCGUGGACCCCAACGCUAUCUACGCCGAGAUCAAGGGCUACGGGCUCUCGGGAGAUGCCCAUCACAUCACAGCACCAAAGGAGGACGGCGACGGUGCGUUCCGUUCCAUGGAAAUGGCGGUAAAGCGUAGUGGGCUCCAGCCCCAUCAAAUCGACUACGUCAACGCCCAUGCCACGUCAACCGUGAUUGGUGACCGUGCCGAGAACAACGCCAUCGUGCGGUUGUUCGAAGGCUGUGACGAUAAACAAUUGUCGGUGUCGUCGACCAAAUCGUCUGUGGGCCAUCUUCUAGGGGCAGCCGGCGCCGUGGAGUCCAUAUUCACCAUCAAGGCCAUCCAUGACUCGGUGGUGCCGCCUACCUUGAACUUAGACAUCGUUGGCGGCCACAAAGGAGGCGACGACCCGGCCAAGUUCGCCAAAUUCGACUAUACGCCCCACGAGAGUAAGAGCAAGAACAUCGACUAUGCCUUGUGCAACUCGUUCGGGUUCGGAGGCGUCAACAGCACGGUGUGUUUCGGCAAGUACCAGGCAUAA